AUGGCUUCUCCAAAGAAUUCUUAAGAGAGGCAAAAACCAAUUGCUAAUAUUUUUCCAAGCAAAUAUGUCAAGCACUGUUGGUCAAGUCAUUCGUUGCAAAGCUGCCGUGGCAUGGGAAGCCGGAAAGCCACUGGUGAUUGAAGAGGUGGAGGUGGCACCACCACAGGCAAUGGAGGUUCGUCUGAAGAUCCUCUUCACUUCUCUUUGCCAUACUGAUGUUUACUUUUGGGAAGCCAAGGGGCAGGCUCCAUUAUUCCCUCGCAUAUUUGGUCAUGAAGCAGGGGGGAUAGUUGAAAGUGUAGGUGAGGGUGUGACAGACCUUCAACCUGGUGACCAUGUGCUUCCUGUCUUCACUGGAGAAUGCGGUGACUGUCGUCAUUGCAAGUCAGAGGAAAGUAACAUGUGUGAUCUGCUAAGGAUCAACACUGACCGAGGGGUGAUGCUUAAUGAUGGCAAGACAAGGUUCUCUAUUAAGGGACAACCCAUCUACCAUUUUGUUGGGACAUCUACCUUCAGUGAAUACACUGUUGUUCAUGUUGGCUGUUUAGCCAAAAUCAAUCCUACUGCUCCACUUGACAAAGUUUGUGUUCUCAGCUGUGGAAUCUCUACAGGACUUGGUGCCACAUUGAAUGUUGCAAAGCCUACUAAGGGUUCAACUGUGGCCAUUUUUGGAUUGGGAGCAGUGGGCCUUGCUGCUGCUGAAGGAGCUAGAAUUGCAGGCGCUGCUAGGAUUAUUGGGGUUGAUCUGAACUCCAAGAGAUUUGAGGAAGCCAAGAAAUUUGGUUGCACUGAAUUUGUGAACCCGAAAGAUCAUGACAAACCCGUUCAAGAGGUGCUAGCCGAAAUGACAAAUGGUGGAGUUGAUCGAAGCGUUGAGUGUACUGGAAGCAUCAAUGCCAUGAUUUCUGCGUUUGAAUGUGUCCACGAUGGGUGGGGUGUUGCUGUACUCGUUGGUGUGCCGAACAAAGAUGAUGCGUUCAAAACCCAUCCCAUGAAUGUGUUGAACGAAAGGACUCUCAAGGGCACUUUCUUUGGCAACUACAAGCCCCGCUCUGACCUUCCUUCAGUGGUGGAAAAGUACAUGAACAAAGAGCUUGAGCUGGAGAAAUUUAUCACCCAUGAAGUCCCUUUCUCAGAGAUCAACAAGGCCUUCGAGUACAUGCUUCGUGGGGAGAGCCUCCGGUGUAUCAUACGCAUGGAGGCGUAAGGCAGAACGAAGACCAACUUCAUCUGUAUCAACUGUUUUUAUUUGAAGCUUGGUGAUGAAAGAAAACGUUUUUAUUUUUAUGCAUUGUACAUGAAACAAAUUCCAUUUCUGUUCUAUUUGUUGUCUCUCAAAUGCUGCACACAUGCAUGCCUUCACUCCAUAUAUGCAAACUGGGAUCUAAUUUAAUC